ACCAGUUCUGAGUCAGAGGCCACACUAGUGGGCAUCUCUCCAUCUACCAGCCCACCAGGUGCCCGGUCCCCGGACACUGACCUCGGAGAACCCAUGCAUGCAUCACCCCCUCGCAAGACCAGGGUCCGCAUUGCCUCCAGCUACUACCCCGAAUGGGAUGGGGAUUCCUCCUACCUGCCACCCAAGAAGUCCUGUGACGAGGACCUCACUUUCCAGAAGGCAGAUGAGCUGGGGCAGAAGUGCCGCCGGCCAAAGUCUGCGCCUAGUUUUCAGCCCAAGCUUGCUCUGGUAGUGAUUCCUGCUCAAUUCCUGGAGGAGCAGAAAUGCAUCCCAGCUAGUGGAGAGCUCUCCCCCGAGGUGCAGGAGUGGUCCCCUUACUCACCAGGGCAUUCCAGCUGGCGGGAACCCCCGCUCUACCCCAACAGGCCAUCCGUGGGAACUGUUCCCUGGAGCAUGACCCCCAGCGCUGCUGUGAGCUCCAUCCUGCGGAACCCCAUCUACACUGUGCGCAGCCAUAGGGUUGGCCCCUGCAGCUCUCCACCUGUGCCCCGAGAUGCUGGCCCCCAGGGCUUGCCUCCCAGUGUCCAGCACCAGAGCCGCCUGAGCCUGGACCUCAGCCACAGCGCCAGCAGUGACUAUGCUGAGAUGAGAGCCUCCCACGGGUCCAACUCGCUGCCUUCCAGCGCCUGCCUCAGGUCUUCCAGUAACUUGCAGUUCAAGGCAGAACGCAUUAAGAUCCCAUUAACGCCGAGGUCUGUCAUGGGCUCUGACAGAGGUUCAUUGUCACAUUCCGAAUGCAGCACCCCUCCGCAGUCGCCCCUCAACAUUGACACCCUGUCCACUUGUAGCCAGUCCCAGACCUCUGCCUCUACAUUGCCCAGGAUUGCUGUCAACCCUGCGUCCCUCGGGGAACGGAGGAAGGACAGGCCUUACGUGAAGGUACAGAAGGGCUCAGAGCCUUUGGGCAUCUCCAUUGUGAGUGGAGAGAAGAAGUCCCAACUGGACUUUGGGGUGCAUUUGUGUGGUGGGAACCUGCACAGGGUGUUUGUGGCCGAAGUAGAGGAUGACAGUCCUGCCAGGGGUCCCGAUGGCCUGGUGCCAGGAGACCUAAUCCUCGAGUAUGGCAACCUGGAUGUGCACAAUAAGAUGGUGGACGAGGUCUACGUGGAGAUGCUGAAGCCCAAAGACAGUAUCCGCCUGAAGGUGUAGUACCGCCCAGAGGAGUUCACCAGGAUCAAGGGCCUGCCUGGUGACAGCUUCUACAUCAGGGCCCUGUAUGACCGGCUGGCCGAGGUGGAGCAUGAGCUGAGCUUUAGGAAGGAGGACAUUCUAGUGGAUGACACCUUGCCCCAGGGCACAUUUGGGUCCUGGAUGGCGUGGCAUCUGGAUGAGAACGCCCAGAAUAUCCAGCGUUGGCAUAUUCCCAGCAAAUGUGUGAUGGAUCAAGAAUUCUCCAUGAGGCUCAGCAUGUCCGAGGUCAAAGACAGUAGUGCCACCAAGACGCUGUCAGCAGCUGCUUGCUGGUCCUUCUUUGGAAGGAAGCACAAGCACAAAUGCAAUGGGUCCAAAGACAGGAAAGACCUCCUGGCCUUGGACACCUUCUCCAACGACUCCCUCUAGCUCUUUGAAGAUUCAGUGAGUCUGGCCUAUCAGCAGGUCCAGAAGGUGGACUGCAUCUCUCUGAGGCCUGUCCUGAUUCUGGGGCCUCUGCUGGAUAUGGUGAAGGAAAUGCUGAUAAAUGAGGUCCCUGGCAAGUUCUGCAGAUGCCCGUUGAAAGUGAUGAAGGCCUCCCAGCAGGCCAUUGAGCGGGGCAUUAAAGACUGCCUGUUUGUCGACUACAAACGGAGGAAUGGCCAUUUUGAUGUGACCAUGGUGGCUUCAAUAAAGGAGAUCACAGAAAAGAACCGGCACUGCCUCCUGGACGUCGCUCCCCACCCCAUUGAGCGCCUGCACCACAUGCACAUCUACCCUAUCGUCAUCUUCAUCCACUACAAGAGUGCCAAGCACAUCAAGAAGCAGAGAGACCCCAUCUACUUGAGGGGCAAGGUGACACAGAGGCAUUCCAAAGAGCAGUUCAAAACAGCUCAGAAGACGGAACAGGAGUACAGCAGGUACUUCACAAGGGUCGUCCAGGGAGGAGCCCUGUCAAGCAUUUGCACUUAGAUCUUGGCAACCGUCAAUCAAGAACAAAGUAAAGUCCUGUGGAUCCUCAACUGCCUGCUCUAG